GACCGUUGCCCGGACCGGGAGCGCGCGGCCCAUUUGGAAUCCACUCCACCAUCCUCUCCGUCUUCUCCCCCACGCGGACGCGCCGGGCGGCGGCGUCGCAUUCACAUUUCGCCUCCCUUUCCCUCUCUCCCCCAAUUCAAAAUCAACCACUCCCCUUCCCUUCCCCAUCCUCCUCCCUACUAGGGUUUGCCUUUGCGGCGUCGCCCUCAUCCAUCGACCAGCAGCAACAGCAGCCGACGAUCGAUCCGUGUUGGGCGGCGAUGGAGAUCAACAUCGUGGACAAGUACGAGAAGCUGGAGAAGGUCGGUGAGGGGACGUACGGGAAGGUGUACAAGGCGCAGGACAAGGCGACGGGGCAGCUGGUGGCGCUGAAGAAGACCCGGCUCGAGAUGGACGAGGAAGGGAUCCCGCCCACCGCGCUCCGCGAGAUCUCCCUCCUCAACCUCCUCUCCCACUCCAUCUACGUCGUCCGACUCCUCGCCGUCGAGCAGGCCGCCAAGAACGGCAAGCCCGUCCUCUACCUCGUCUUCGAGUUCCUCGACACCGAUCUCAAGAAGUACCUCGAUGUCUACCGUAGGGGACCCGCCGCCAGGCCGCUCCCCGCUACACUCAUCAAGAAUUUCCUGUAUCAGUUAUGCAAAGGAGUUGCACACUGCCAUGGCCAUGGUGUCCUUCACCGGGAUUUGAAGCCACAAAACCUGCUGGUGGACAAGGAUAAAGGGAUACUCAAGAUUGCUGAUCUUGGUCUUGGUAGAGCUUUCACUGUGCCUAUGAAAAGCUACACCCAUGAGAUUGUGACACUUUGGUAUAGAGCUCCUGAAGUUUUGCUUGGAGCAACACAUUACUCAACUGGGGUUGAUAUGUGGUCUGUUGGAUGCAUCUUUGCUGAAAUGGCCCGACGGCAGGCUCUCUUUCCCGGUGACUCUGAGUUGCAACAGUUGCUUCACAUCUUCAGGUUGCUGGGAACACCUUCUGAGGAGCAGUGGCCUGGAGUGAGUGAAUUGAGGGAUUGGCAUGAAUUUCCACAGUGGAAGCCUCAGAGUUUGGCACGUGUCGUCCCAACACUGGAACCUGAAGGCGUUGACCUGCUAUCGAAAAUGCUUCAGCUUGAUCCUUCAAACAGGAUAUCAGCUAUAGCUGCGAUGGAGCAUCCAUACUUUGACAGCCUUGACAAGUCCCAGUUCUAGCCAUUGUACCAUGUGAUUCAGAAGUGAAGGCGCUACUCUCUUAUUAGUGAGAUUUCAAAUGGAGGUAUGAAUUUCACUUGCCAUCUAGGCAACUGGUUCAUACUUUUUACCGAUCUAUUAGUGAGCGAAAGUUGGCAUGCCUAUGUUUUCAUGUGAGGGUCAUAUGUGUUUCACCUUUCCUGUUAUAGUGAGUAUUGUUGUCUGUUGCCUUAAAAACUUCUUGUGACGUGUAACAAGAGUUACUUGUGGGAGGCCUGUGAUAAUGCUCUUUAUUUCUCAACAUCCAUUUUCUUCAGUAUGGAUGUGAAAUAGGAAAUCUGAUUUCCUGAUUACUAUCUUCAA